AUUUGAUUAAAACAAGCAAACAAAUCCAAAACACCAAACAAAUGUCAAAAGUGUCAAACAAGCUAAGGUUGGACUACGGUUGGUAAAAUUACAAAGACUGAAUAAGUUACUUGACAAAGACAAAACAUACACAAAGGGAUAUGAAUGAACACACUGAGGUCGAUUCACCUAUGAAUGAAAGAAAAGACACUUGAAUACAUGAACCAACAACGAGACAAGGGCGGAGACAUGACAGGAAGGAAAGAAGUGAAUUCACAGGAGACGCGUGACACAAGCAAAAGCACAUGGCUACAUCAACACUGAAAUGCGGAAAUCUUAAUGUAGCAAAUUUAAAUGAGCAAAAACAUGCUUUAUGCUGCCACGAAUAUUGCAUGAGGUGUAUCUCUGACAACAAGGAUGAUUAACAAUAGGCCGGCAUCAUGAACUCAAAAGCAGUGUAUUAUUCCAACAUAUGGACCGAUAAUGGCUACAGCUCCACGAAGAGACGUUAUGUGCACAAAGAUGGCAGCUGCAACAUACUGUUUCGUAAUGUGUCUGAGGAAUGGCUGUUAUAUGUGACGGACAUCUUUACCACACUGGUAGAGAUCCGUUGGAGAGUCAUGAUCUUGACAUUUGCCCUCUCGUAUAUCCUGUCCUGGCUCUUUUUCGGAAUCCUGUUCUGGAUUAUUGCACUGAUGCACGGAGACAUUAAAGAUCCGAACAAUGAGCCGUGCGUCUAUGAGGUAAGAAGCUUUACAGCAGCCUUCCUAUUCUCUCUAGAGACACAAACUACCAUCGGAUAUGGCUCACGCGGCAUGUCCGAGAACUGCAUGGUGGCCAUCAUCACUGUGACCAUUCAGGACGUCAUCAGCGUCUUUAUUGACACCUUUGUAAUUGGGAUUGUCGUUGCCAAAAUGGCGUCGGCUCGAAAAAGAGCACAAACAGUGGGAUUCAGCAAUACUGCCGUGAUUAACCUCCGUAAUGGCCAUCUGUGCCUGUCAUGGCGAGUAGGUGAUUUCCGUAGAAACCACAUGGUGGAAGGAACCACACAUGCCCAGCUGGUCAGGCACAGAAUACACACAAAUGGCAAAGCCAGCAUAACCUAUCACGACCUUGAAAUACAAAACAGUCAUAUUAUUCUGCCCACUCCAGUGACCAUCAUCCACCAAAUCAAUCCCAGCAGCCCUCUGUAUAAAAUGAGUCUGCAAAACCUACGCAGAGAAGGCUUCGACCUGGUGGUGACUUUCACCUACACGGAUGACUGCAGCGGGAUUCUUCACCAGUCACGCACGUCCUACUCUCCCGGUGAAAUCCUGUGGGGUCAGCAGUUUCAAGAGAUGGUGAGAGUUAACCAGAAGUCCUACAGAGUGGACUACGCAGCCUUUCACCAAACAGUUAAAGUCCUAUUGACAGAAAGCAGUGCUGAAGACUAUGAACUAAACAAGCAUCCUCCAAGUCAUACACAAGACCCACAAAUGGUCUGUUCUCGAGCAGUGGAGAGUGACGACAUCUUAGGUCAAAACCAAAACAGCACUGCUAUUCAGCAAGAAAAUCUAUAACAAACAAUUCUAUCUAUAGGAUGUAAUUCUACUUAUGGUACACAGAAGGGGGCAAUAAAUGUGUAUAUACACACAAAAGGUCAACAAAAACUUCCAGACAAAAACAUAAACCUAUAACCAAUCAUCUAUAAUCCUCUAUCAGACUAAAUCAGUUUGCUUGCAUUAUUGCUAAAUGUUUGUAAUUCCAGUGUCAUUUGCUGAAUUGUAUUAUGCAUAUGGUAAAAGGGGCACUAAGACAUUAUCAUUAAAGUGUUUUGCAAAGGGGACAUACUACCAUAACAGAAUGAUUUAAAAGAAAUCAUUUUAAAUUAAGCCCUGCAGAAUCCUGUUUUUACUCUCCAAUGCUUAGGAAAUCUUUGUAAUAAAAAUAUACCAUCCAUUCUGAUGACACUAUAAAAACAUCUACUGCUAAAAUGUUGAGAUCGCUGUGUUCUCAUCAAACUAUGAUGUAUGCCCCCCUCCUCAUCACCGCCACAGACACACCUGUUGAUACCGUUUAAUCUGUUUAAUCAGCAUCAUUAUUGGUUUUAUAUAUCAUUUCAGUCAUUAUUUUAAAUGCCAAAUCUCUACAACAAUGUGUAAAUUAAAGGGCUUGAAUAUGAGAUUUUAGAAAAGAGUAAGUGGUUCAGUAAUAAUCUCUCAAAAUGUUUCUUGUAAUGCCAAUUCUCUACCAGACAUGAGAACCAUGUAAACUUCUGUACCACAGGGACAUUUUUAAUACACAAAGCCAAACAGAGCAUGCUGGCAAAAUAAAGUAUCAUGUUACAUUGCUCCCAAUUACAUCAGCACCUAAACUGUACUGUAUUUUGAUUUUGAAGUGCCUGUGCACCAUCUGUGCUCACAAAUUUGGUGAUGGUCCAAAUUGUAUUUAAUCCAAACAAUAGAGAAAACAGAUGGAAAAACACAGUAUGUAAAAAUAUACACACUAGUAUCUGUUGUUAUGGGGGGUAAAAAAAUGAUAGUGCUGGAUACACCAAAACAAUCUAGUGACGGGUAUAUUUAUUCUAUUUAUUUUUAGGAAUGAACAAAUGUUAUUUUUAAUGGUGUAUAGUUUUUUUUAGUGUUGUGAAAUUUUCACAUGAUAGUCAAGUAAAUUAAAAAUCUACAGAAAAACAAAGCUGAUUGUCAUAAAAAAAAAAUAAAAAAAAGUAAUACUAAAAGAUAAACAUCCCUGAAGGUGUGUAAAAACGUACCUGUGGCCAAAAACUUGUCUCUGUUACAAAGUGGCUUCACUAAAGACUCCUUUCAUUAAUGUAUAUGAAUUGAGUCUUUACAGACAACUUUAUUAUCCAUUACUUCUGAGCUUUAGAUUGUCUUCCAUCUCACUGUCACUAUAUACUAGAUGUUACUAAUGAUAGCAGUAAUAAAGACGUAAAUAAAUGGAAAAUAUCAUUUGAACUGCAGCCAGGGCUACUCUCAGGUUUGCUUUUAUAAAAACAAAUAAUCAACAACUCCAAUCCAUCAGCGCUGUUGUAUAAAGGUAAAUGAAAUUGCAACAGGUGUUUCAUGCGAGAUCAUUAUUCUGUUCAGUAAGUUAUUAUAUGUUCAGUUAUUUCAAAUGUGCAAAUCUAAUUGCUUCAAUAAAUAUUGUAUAUUACUAUUGUCUAUUUUUUUUUUUUUUUUUAUCUCCAGAGUUAGAUCUGUCAUACACUAUAUGUAUAGAAGUUUGUGGACACCCGACCAUAAGAUUGUCAUGUCUUAUUGUCAUAAGAUUGUUAUGUGCUUCUUUUUGAACAUCCCAUUUCACAUUCAAUCCGCAUUUACAUUUACAUUUCUGGCAUUCAGCAGACGCCCUUAUCCAGAGCGACGUACGAAAGUGCCUUGAAGUCUUUGUUAAUAAAUAAACCAACACUAGUUAGCAAACUUAGGUCAUGUUCACACUAAUACGUAGCUUUCUGAAAACACUCUCCAAAGUGGAUACAUCUGAAAAUGCCAUUUCCGAGUCGCAGCGUGGAUGCUUUCAAAAACAAGGACGCAUUUUUUAGUCAUUGCCGUGACUUUUCAAUGAGCAGUCUCGCCGUUUUGCUCAUGUGCAUUACAGGGAAGUGUUUUCUGACGUUUCAGUAUGGAUAAGCAACUUUUGGGAAGCCUUUUUAGACGAAAACACCGUUUUCUAACUUUUUCGCUGUUGAUGUAGCCUUAGGAUACCACCAGCCUAAAACUAUUUUGGGGAAAAAAUUAUAACAUAUUUUUUUUUUUUACAUAAAGACAAAAGAAACGGUAAAACGUAAAUGCCAGUUAGAAUGUUUCUGUAGAGGUAUGUCUUCAUCCGUCCUCUGAAGAUAGCCAGUGACUCAGCUGUUCAAACAUCUGGGGGAAGUUCCAUCUAUCACCUUAGUGCCAAAACAGAAAAGUGUACAUGUAUACCUACCUUGUACCCUGAGAGAAGGUAGGACAAGUCGACCAUUUCCUGUUAUAAUAACCUCAACCAUUCUGGGAAGAUGUUCCACUAGAUUGUGCAGUGUGCUUGUGGAGAUUUGUGCUUAAUUAGACAAAGGGUGUUAGUGAACUCUGGUGCUGAUGUAGGUGAGGUGAGGAGGCCUGGAGUGCAGUCAGUGUUCUAAUUCAGUAGU